GCUGCCAACACGAACAACAACACCAACAACCAACCCGCUCACACAGCUCACGAUGGCUGGUGGAGGCAAGAAGGCACCGCUGCCGGAGUGCCGGUUUGGCUUGUCGUGCUAUCGCAAGAACGUCAAGCACUUUGACGAGUACUCACACCCGUGCAAGUACGGCGCAGCGUGCUAUCGCCGCGAUCCCGACCAUUUCCACAAGUACACGCACCCCAAGGCAUCCAAAACCACAACAGCAGUCGCCGUUGCCGCUGCGAAAGCCAUCGCCGACGAUGACGAUGACGCGCGCGUGAGCGACGGUAGCGACUCCGAUGGGGACGCGCGCCGACGAGGCAAGACAACAGCCAAGCGCAAGGCCGGUGGUGUCAGUGAUGAGGACGACGACGACGAUGACAGCGACGAUCGUGGUGAUGCACCAGCUGCACGUCGCAAGCCCAAGAUAGCGAAAGCCGCUCGCAAGGCUGCCAGCGACAGUGGCAGCAGCGACAGUGACAGCGAUGGCAGUGGGUCGAAGACUUCAGCAGCCACAGCAUCAUCGAUCCGAGAUCUCAAAGUCGUGUUCACGGGUACAUUUGAGUCUGGGAUUCGGCGCGUUGUGGAGAACGAAGCGUCCAAGCUGGGUGCGAUUGUGGGCUCCAGCGUGUCGUCCAAGACGGACCUGCUGGUCAUUGGCGGCCUCGUGCGUCCCUUUGGAGCCAAGGAGGAUCGCGCAUCAGACCUUGGUGUGCGCGUGAUCUUUGAGAAGGAGUGGAACGACAUGGUGUUUGCAGAGUAUCGUCGACGCCGAACAGCAAAAGGAGCAACGUCGACGAAGAAGGCGCACAAGAAGGAAAAGAAAGCAACUCCCCACCGCGACGCAGAUGAUGAUGAUGAUGAUGAAGAUGAUGAUGAGGACGACAAUGUGGACGGCAAUGAGGAUGAGGAUGAGGAUGAUGAUGAUGGUAAUGGUGACGACGAUGACGCUGAUGCUGAUGCUGAUACACCCAAACCACUGCACAAGCUGGAGGAUGGUGAGAGCGUGGACUACACGUCACCCUCGGGCUCCUCCUACAAGAUCAAGCGUACCGGCGAUCACUACUACUGCACGUGCCCUGCGUGGCGGAACCAGAGCGCCCCGGUCAACGCGCGCACAUGCAAGCACCUCUGCGCCUACCUCGGCGACGCGUUUGAGAAAGCGCGUGUUGGCGGCGUGAAGACGGUGCCUUUGAAGGCACGCGGAACACCGAAGCCAGACCUGCUCCUGGCCCAGCGUUGGGAGGCGCGUGUUGAUCCGACUGACUGGCACAUGAGCGAGAAGCUGGAUGGCGUUCGCGCGUAUUGGAACGGAAAAGAGCUCCUGUCCCGCCUUGGCAACGCGUUUGCAGCCCCUUCCUGGUUUACAGGCACUCUCCCGCGGGACAUGACACUUGACGGGGAGCUGUUCAUGGGCCGCGGGCGCUUCAACGACACCGUCAGCGUCGUGCGAACCGUCGGCAGCAAGCGGUGGACAGAUGUCACAUACCAGGUGUUUGAUUGUCCCAGUGAGGGCGCACGUGUGUUUGAGGAGCGAGUGGAGGCUUUGCAGCGCUGGCAUUCUGCGCAGCCGUCCGGCCAUGUGAAGCAUGUCUCCCUCGUCCAGCACACAAGGGUGCGGGAUGUGAAGCACAUGGAGGAUGAGCUGGAGCGUGUUGUGGCGCGUCUUGGGGGCGAGGGCCUGAUGCUCCGACAGCCAAAGUCGACCUACGCAAAGACACGAUCGUCCACACUGCUCAAGGUGAAGCGCUUCUACGAUGCGGAGGCGCGCGUUCUUGCUCAUGUGCCCGGCAAAGGCAGACACAAGGGCGCAAUGGGCGCGUUGGAGGUGGAAAUGGAGUGUGGAAAGAAGUUCAAGAUUGGCACGGGGUUCUCGGACGCACAGCGCAGAUCCCCGCCAAAGGUUGGCGCCAUCAUCACAUACAAGUUCCAGGAACUGACCCCAGAUGGGAUUCCCCGCUUUGCGGCCUUUGUUGGCGAGCGUGCAGACGCUGCUGGACCAAAGGACUACAUCCCAAAGCGCACGUCAGCAUGACAGACACACAGCACAAGAAGCGCAUCUCUCUUGUCUCUUGUUUCUUGUCUCUUGUUUGUCCUGUGAAUAAUACAUGAAGAUAUUCGCCAA